AUGAUACCUUCCAAGAUGAUGAAUGCUAACCCUGAGCAAGACCCUUUGGAGGGCUUUCUCCAGUACAUCGAGGACAUGGGGAUGAAGGCUUAUGAUGGCCUGGUGAUUCAGAACGCAUCGGACAUUGCUCGUGAGAACGAUCGCUUGAGAAAUGAAACCAACAUGGCUUAUCUGAAAGAGAAGAACGAAAAACGCCGAAGACAAGAAGAAGCAAUAAAGCGCAUAGGUGGAGACGUGGCGCGAGGCCACGACGCCAGCUACACGGGAAAACACUUCCGCAUGGGAUUCAUGACAAUGCCUGCUCCUCAGGACCGGCUUCCCCACCCUUGUUCCAGUGGCUUCACCGUGAGGUCCCAGUCCCUGCACUCCGUCGGGGGCACAGAGGACGACAGCAGCUGCAGCUCCAGGAGGCAACCACCACCCAAGCCCAAGCGGGACCCCAGCACCAAGCUGAGCACCUCUUCAGAGACAGUCAACACUGCAGUAGCCAGUAAGAGAGGGGAAAGUAGUAAAAGAGCUCAGUUGUCCGCCAAACCCAGGCCCCACAGUGACGAAUACUCGAAGAAGAUCCCCCCUCCGAAGCCCAAGCGCAACCCCAACACCCAGCUGAGCACCUCCUUCGACGAGGCCUACAUCAAGAGGCCCGGCCCGGGGAGGAGGACCUCGCUGACUCGGGAGUACUCCCUAUCCCAGAUGGGCAGCAGCCCCGCGGGGGACCCCGAGGAGGAGGAGGAGCCCGUGUACAUCGAGAUGGUGGGCAACAUCCUCCGCGACUUCCGCAGCCGGGAGGACGACGACCAGAGCGAGGCGGUGUACGAGGAGAUGAAAUACCCGCUGUUCGACGACGUGGGCCACCACGACCCCAGGUGUGACUUGGACCCUCACCACAGCUGCUCUUCCCAGUGUGCUACGCCCGUCGUGCCUGACCUGGACUUCGCCAAGCCCCCCAAGGGGCUGCUCUGCGACAUCCCCCCGCCCUUCCCCAACUUGCUGUCCCACCGGCCCCCCUUGCUGGUGUUCCCCCCGGCCCCCGCGCACUGCUCCCCCAAUUCCGACGAGUCUCCGCUCACCCCACUGGAGGUCACCAAGCUGCCGGUGCUGGAGAACGUGGCUUACCUGAAGCAGGCGACGACGGGGUCCCCCUCGUCCCUGCCACCCCCCCACGUCCCGGGCCACGCCAAGGAGCAGCAGCAGCCCGGAGCCCUGGGAUCCACCCCGGCCUCGGCCCCCGCCACCACCCCCGGGGCGCUGUCCUCCUCCCCGCCGCCCCCCUCCACCCUCUACCGCACGCAAUCCCCCCACGGUUACCCCAAAAGCCACUCCACGUCGCCCUCCCCCGUGAGCAUGGGGCGGUCGCUGACGCCCCUGAGCCUCAAGCGGCCUCCCCCCUACGACGCCGCCGUGCACUCGUCGGGCAGCCUGGCCCCCCGCAGCAGCUCUCCAUCCGUGCCUCACGCCGCCGCCCCCAGACCCGUGUCCCAGGACGGGGCCAAGAUGAUCCACGCCGCGGUGAACACCUACGGGGGCGCGGCGCAGGGCGGCGGCUCGCGCUCCAGGACGCCCACCAGCCCCCUGGAGGAGCUCACCAGCCUCUUCACCUCGGGGCGCAGCCUCCUGAGGAAGUCCUCCAGCGGCCGACGGUCCAAAGAGCCCGCAGAGAGAUCCACAGAGGAAGUGAAAAUCCGCAGCCACAGCACGGAGCCAUUACCAAAGUUGGACAGCAAAGAGAGAGCGCACCACGGGGCCUCUUCCUCCAGAGAGCCUGUCAAAGCUCAGGAAUGGGAUGGAACACCAGGGCCACCUGUGGUCACCAGCAGAAUGGGAAGGUGCUCCGUGAGCCCUACCAUGUUGGCAGGAAACCAUGGUUCAGAACCUAAAGUCAGCUGCAAACUAGGCCGAUCUGCUUCUACAUCAGGUGUGCCUCCUCCGUCGGUGACUCCUCUCAGGCAAGCCAGUGACCUGCAACAGAGCCAGGUGGCAUGCAUGCCGUGGUUUCAUGGAGACCAUACAAUGCUUGAGAUGAUUGAGAAAAAGCGUUGCUUGUGCAAGGAAAUAAAGGCUAGACAGAAAACGGAAAAGGGCCUUUGCAAACAGGAUAGCAUGCCUAUCCUUCCCAGCUGGAAGAAGAAUGCCGGAGCAAAGAAGUACAGCCCUCCACCCUAUUCUAAACAGCAGACGGUAUUCUGGGAUACGGCCAUAUGAGUAUGAACAGCAUGGCCUUUGCCUCUCCAGUGCUUACUACGAAGAGGGAGGCCCAGCUGGUCCUAGGGUAAUUCAUUGUGACGGUAUUUUCUCUGACAGACUGGAACGCCGCAGGAAGCUGACCUUAUUGUGGCAGUUCAAGACAAAAUGUAUAUGUUCUUGCCACGAAGGCAUACUAAUCUAUCUCGGAUUAUUUUGAAUCCAGAAGUUACUAAAUUUGUAUAUAUUUUAUGAGUUUAU